AACAAAUUCCUGCCUCCACCCCUGGUGAUGGUGUGUGUUUCUCUAUUCGUAUGGCUUUCCACUUCAACUUCUUCGUCUCUUGCACAGGAAAUCCCUAUCUUGAUCUAUAUUUAUAUGUAUAUAUAUAUAUAUAUAUGGUUGUGUGUAUAUAUUUGUAUUGUUUUUUUUUGUUUGCAUCGUUAUAUUGGACUAUAUAAACUGUAGAUUUUGAAAAGGGUAAUUGGGUGUUAUUACAUGUCAGUUUCGUUUGGGCGUUUCUUUGUUAUCGUUGAAUCUAAGCAAAUCGAGGAUUAAUUUAUAAUUGUGUAUAUGCAUGUGACUUAGUCUCUCAGUUGUAAUUGAUGUGUUAAUUGACUUUUGAAAUUGCUGAACCCUAUUAGUACGGAUAUGGAAUUGCAUGUGUAUUUUUAUGUAGAAUUUGAAAUGGGUAAUUGGGUGCUAUUACAUAUCAAUCAAGUUUUGGGGUUUCUUUGUUAUCAUUGAGGAUUAGCUUAUGUUUAUGAAUCUGACUUGGUGUCUUUCAAUUGUAAUUAUGUUAUAAUUGACUUUUGAAAUUUCUGAACCCUAUUACUAUGGAUAUGAAAUUGUAUUAGUACGUAUGUUUAUGUAUACAACUUGUGUUGUUUGCUAAUGAAAUGAGGAAAGGAAUUGAGAGUUAUGAAUAUGGAAUUUUAUGCUUUACCUCUCUUUUUAUCAUGGGUUCAAAAUUUUUUUAAUUUGUUAUUUAUUUAUUUUUUCACGGGCAAACAACUCCCAUAAUGCAAUUGGAGAGGUGUGAAUAUGACCUUGACAUAGCUAAAUAGUUCAAUCAAGUUAAUAAUAAUAAUAAUUUUUUUUUUUUACUUUAAAAAUUGUAAUCUUACAUUUUGGUGUGGAUUUCAAUCAAGCAAGCUGGCAAUUGUUGUUUAUCAGUCUAUUAUCUUAAUUAUAAUUUCUUUGGCUACUUACUUGGUCACACCCACUGGGUGAUCGAAUAGCUUGACCUCAAAUUGGCUUGUAGUGCUCAUAUGGUAUUUGAAGAUUAUAGUCUCCAUCCUGUUAUUCUUGUCAGAAACGUUUUACUGUAUAGCAAUAUGUUUCAUUCAGCUCUAUUUAUCUUUCUCACAUCUGCUGGACCUUCGUUCUACAAAUUUCACAUUCUUAUUCAUGUGCCUAUAUGUUUGAAUUCUUUUGAAUAUGCAUGUAUAUUCAACUUAUAAUAUCAACUCCUCCCAAAUAUGACUUUGUUUUCUUUUGUUUUGUUUUUUCUGUUUUCUUUAUUGUGCUACAGAACACUGAUCUUCCUCCAGCUUCAAGAUAACUUUCUAUCACCAGAUUAGGCUAAAAGCUAAAAUCUUAUCAUUUUUUAGAAUUGUGGCUUUUACAAAUGAAAAUAUAAAAUUAUUGAGGUUUUAUUUAGUAGCUGAUAUGUUUGUUGUGGUGCUAUUUCUUAUAUAUAUUUUUUCUUCAAAUAAUCUAAAUUUUAUUUUGAUGACUAGAAAUCUUAAGCAAGAACAUGAGCAUGCCCCUGAAGUACAUUGUUCAAGGGAAAGAAGUAGGGAAGCUUCGAAAAUUAUCGAGGAGUAUUUAAUGCCAUUUGUGGAACAAGAAAAGUAUCAGAUCCCAAGUAAGUGUAGACUCCAUCCUGACAACGAUAUCUUUAGGGAUCAGGAGCUGCACAAGAUUCAUGUGGAUAUAAAUGAAUGGCGCUGCGGAUACUGUAAGAAAAUCUUCCGAGCAGAGAAAUAUCUUGAUCAACAUUAUGACAACAGACAUCACAAUCUUCUGAAUGUUAGUCAGAGCAAGUGCUUGGCAGAUUUAUGUGGGGCUUUGCAUUGUGACCUCGUGGUGGAUAUAACUUCAAAACCUCGUAAAACCAGAUGCAACCCUGCAGCGGCUAAAAGGAACCUCCACUUGUGUGAGAGUCUCGCAGAUAGUUGUUUUCCUUCUAAUCAGGGUCCCUCAGCAAAUCGUCUUCAUGAAUUGUUCUUGCACCAAUUCUGUGAUGCUCAUACGUGCUCAGGAAAGCGAAAUCCCUUCUCCAGAGGAGGCAGGAAGCAUACAAGCACUUUCUACUUGGCUAUUUCAGUAUUAACCUUGAUGCUGCUACCUAUCUUCUAUCUUAUUGUUUAUUUAUACCAAAGGGAAAUGAGAAAGGGAACCCAAGAGCUGAAGCGCAUCUCACAAAUUGGACGAAAAACAAACCCCUCUUAGUGGGUCUACGUUUUUGGAACCAUUAACGAGGACAACAACGAGGGGUAAUGACAAAAUCAUUCAUUGUGAAGACUAAUGUCUCAAUCUGACGUCAUGGAUCCCCUCACCAAAUUGCGUUUGUCAAUGGAAGCCUCAGGUCAGCAGAUUCGCUUGGUAAACUUGCUCCAUUUAUUAGUGAUGUAGCAUUCCUGCAUCCCAACAUUAUGGCAUUUAUUGUAUACUGAAUUUAAGACAAUACAGGUAUAUUUUUCUGAUGAAUACGAUUUUUUGUAGUUAUGAUAUAGCCCUUUUGUCUUUGAA